AUGUACUCUGUGAGCGUUGCUCUACCAGGUUCAAUAAUCGAGAACGCACAGUCUAUAGAACUAAAGACAUACCUAGCUGGUCAGGACCUUAAGUAUGCCGGCUUACUAAAUCCAUUGGAUUGCCCACAUCACGUCCGUCAAGAUGAGAAGAGCCAAUUUCGGGAAGGCGUUGUCACUGAUAAAAAACCAAAAAAUGGCGAAGGCUCUCUAGUCAACGCUGGUCUCACAAAG